CCCCUCUUUACAUGUGAUUUCGCCUUAAAAACUUAAUUAAAGAAAAUUGAAUUAAAGCCAUAAGAUAUCACAAUGACACUGCUCAAUAUUCUACGAUCAAGGACUUGCUUGAAAUUUGCCAAUGAUUUUGGGCUAAGAUCACAGUAUAAAUUAGCAAGAUGUUACUCAGAUGAUAACAAGUAUGCAGUUCAUGCACCACUAAAUCGAAUAAGAAACAUUGGUAUAUCGGCUCACAUUGAUUCCGGAAAGACUACAUUAACAGAGAGAAUUUUAUAUUAUACUGGAAGAAUUGCUGAAAUGCAUGAAGUUAAAGGAAAGGACAAUGUUGGUGCUGUUAUGGAUUCAAUGGAACUAGAAAGGCAAAGAGGUAUUACAAUUCAAUCAGCUGCUACAUAUACAGUCUGGAAAGGAUACAAUGUUAACAUCAUUGAUACACCGGGUCACGUAGAUUUCACAGUUGAAGUAGAGAGAUCAUUGAGAGUUUUAGACGGUGCCAUUUUAGUACUUUGUGCUGUCGGUGGAGUUCAGAGUCAAACAUUGACAGUAAAUCGUCAAAUGAAACGUUAUAAUGUCCCAUGUCUAGCAUUUAUCAAUAAACUCGAUCGAAUGGGAUCUAAUCCAUAUCGUGUAUUAUCACAAUUGAGAUCAAAACUUAAUCAUAAUGCUGCUUUUGUACAAUUAGCAAUGGGAUUAGAGAGUAACUGUAAAGGAGUUAUUGAUCUUGUCAAUGAAAGAGCGAUGUACUUUGAAGGAAAUUACGGAAAUAAUGUAAUAAUUGAUGAAAUACCACAAGAUUAUAGAACUGAAGCAUCAGAAAAAAGACAGGAAUUAAUUGAGCAUGUAUCAAAUGCUGAUGAGACAUUAGGUGACUUAUUUUUAGAAGAAAAAGUACCAACUGUUGAUGAUCUUAAAGCAGCAAUUAGACGAUCAUGUUUGAAACGAAAAUUUACACCAGUUUUUGUUGGAACUGCAUUAAAGAAUAAAGGAGUUCAGCCAUUACUCGAUGGUGUUAUUGAUUAUUUACCAAAUCCUGGCGAAGUUGAGAAUAUAGCAUUAAUUGAACGUGAUGGACAAGAGACGGAAAAAAUAGAUUUAAAUCCAGCGCGUGACGGCAAAUCACCAUUUUUAGGAUUAGCUUUCAAAUUAGAAGCUGGACGAUUUGGUCAGUUAACAUACAUGAGAUGUUAUCAAGGAAUGAUUAAGAAAGGCGACAAUAUUUAUAAUGCAAGAACUGGCAAAAAGAUUCGUUUAUCACGUUUGGUACGGCUCCAUUCAAGUAACAUGGAAGAUGUCAAUGAAGUUUAUGCUGGCGAUAUUUUCGCACUUUUUGGCGUUGAUUGUGCUAGCGGAGACACUUUUGUGACUGAUCCUAAAUCUAAUAUUUCUAUGGAAUCGAUUUAUGUACCAGAUCCAGUUGUUUCAAUGGCUAUACAUCCAGCAAAUACCAAAGAUCGUGACAAUUUUGCAAAGGCAAUCGCAAGAUUCACAAAAGAAGAUCCAACAUUCCAUUUUGAAUUUGAUCCAGACGUAAAAGAGACAUUAGUAUCAGGAAUGGGUGAAUUACAUUUGGAGAUCUAUGCACAGAGAAUGGAAAGAGAAUAUAAUUGUCCAGUUGUGCUCGGAAAACCAAAAGUUGCCUUCCGUGAAACUUUAGUCGCACCUUGUGAAUUUGAUUAUCUACACAAGAAGCAAUCUGGAGGUUCUGGACAAUAUGCUCGAGUUAGUGGAAUUUUGGAACCAUUACCACCACAUCAAAACACAAUUCUUGAAUUCAUUGACGAAACAGUUGGUACAAAUGUACCAAAACAGUUUAUUCCUGGCGUUGAGAAAGGUUUUAGGAAAAUGGCAGAGAAGGGAUUAUUGUCUGGUCACAAACUAUCAGGUCUCAAGUUUAGAUUACAAGACGGCGCUCAUCACAUUGUCGAUUCUAGCGAAUUAGCUUUCAAUUUGGCUGCAUGUGGAGCAAUUAAAGAGGUCUUUGAAAAGGGUGGUUGGCAAAUUAUCGAACCAAUUAUGGCAGUUGAAGUCACGUGUCCAGAUGAAUUUCAAGGAGUUGUGAUGGGACAGUUAAAUAAACGUCAUGGAAUUAUUACCGGAUCUGACGGAGCAGAAGGCUGGACCACAAUUUAUGCAGAAGUACCACUUAAUGACAUGUUUGGUUAUGUAGGAGAAAUAAGAUCAUCAACACAAGGAAAAGGAGAGUUCAGUAUGGAAUACAGCAGAUAUUCACCGUGCAUGCCUGAAUUACAGCAGAGAUUAGUUGAGGAAUAUCAGAGAUCACAAGGAAUUCUCACGGACGAAAAGGAGAAAAAGAAGCGAAAAAAUUAAGAUCAACAACGUAGAUUAAUGAAUUGAUGGACUAUAAUAAAG